AUGCCGCCAGCAACGCCUCGAGCCGCCUACGUCCACCUGCCCUUCUGCCGCCGCCGCUGCUUCUACUGCGACUUUCCCAUUUCUGUCGUCGGGUCCAAGCCGGGUGCUGCGGAUGCGGCGGCGGAGCGGUAUUGCGCGCUCCUCCACCGGGAGAUCGCCGCCAGCCCGAGCCGGCAGCCGGGUGCUCCGCCACUCGCGUCCCUGUAUUUUGGUGGCGGCACGCCGUCGCUGACGCCGCCUCCGCUGCUGGCGGGGCUGGUCGACGGCUUGCGCGACGCCUAUGGUCUCGCCGACGGGUGCGAGGUCACGCUCGAGAUGGAUCCGGGCACCUUCGAUGUAGCGCGGCUGCGCGCCUUCCUCGAGGCAGGCGUCACGCGCGUGAGCCUCGGCGUGCAGUCGUUCGACGACAAGCUGCUAACGUCGGCAGGCCGAUCCCACGACGCCGCCGAGGCGCGCGCCGCCGUCGAGAUCCUCAUGCAGGCGCAGUCCUCGGCCGGCGGCCUCCCGGGCGAGGACCUCGCCUCGUGGCGCCGAUCGCUCAAUGCGGCCGCCACGACGGGCGCGCAGCACAUCUCUGUCUACGACCUUCAGGUGGAGCCGCGCACUGCGUACGGCCGGUGGGCGGAGGCGGGCACGCUCAAGGCGCUGCCCGACGAGGCCCUCGCAGCGGAGAUGUACCGUGAGGCGUCGGCUGUGCUGAGGGCGCGCGCUGCUGCGGCGGGGCGCGGGCAGAGGGCGCACGGGCUGCAGCGGUACGAGGUCUCCUCCUUUGGGCGGGAGGGGCACCGCUCGCAACACAACUCCGCCUAUUGGCGCAAUGAGCCUUUCUUUGCUUUCGGCUUGGGCGCCACUUCGCACCUCGACGGCGUGCGGCUCGCGCGGCCGCGGCGAAUGGACGCAUACGAGGCCUUUGUGCGCCGCCUCGAGGGGGCGGAGGGGGCGGGCCGCCAGCAUCGGGCUGCGGGUGGCCAGCGGUUGACUACGCGUGGCAGCGGCGGCGCGGCGGCCUCCGCCGCCGGCGAUAGGGGCUUCGCGGCAGCGCAGGCGGAGCUGGGCGUGCGUGAGGAGGGCGUCGAAGCGAUGACGACACUCAUCAUGCUGCAGCUCCGCACCACGCGGGGGCUGCUGCCGGCGGAGCUGACGCCGCGCUUCGGCGAGACGCUCGCCGCCGCGGCCGAGGGCGCGUGCCGCGACGCCGCAGCCGAGUUGCCCGCCGAGUGGUGGGUGAUGGAGGCGGAGGAGGCGAGCGGCGGGGGCGACAGCGGUGCUGAGGCAGCACCGCGUUGCCGUCGCUUCGCGUUGCGAGACCCGGAGGGGCUGCUCUUCUCGAAUGACGCGAUUUCGACCGUCUUUGCCCGGCUCGACGAACGACUCGAGCGUGACGACGUUGGUGGGGGCGGCUUGGGUGGCUGCGAGGCGGGAAGUUAG